AUGUCAAGUAAUACAGAGAGUUACUCCCGAGAAGAACUUGUUAAUGAUCAUAUUUUAACGAGAUUACCUGUUAAAUCAUUGUUGCGAUACAAACGUGUGUGUAAAAGUUGGCGCGAUCUCAUCACAAGCUCGAGUUUCAUCAAAAAACACCUCGAUAACGAGAGUACUGGUACUCGUAAAAUAGUAGCCAAGUUUGGUGUUGACUACGACACCGAACCUUUGCCUACAAGGCAAUUUCAUAUUUACUUACUCCCUGAUAAAAUAUUUGCUGGAACUGUCCCUACUCAUCAGAGGACUUUUUAUAUCGAUGGUGUUAGUGAUUUCAGAGAUAUUCAUGGUCCAAUGAAUGGAAUUUUCCUAUUAGAGAAGGGACACUUCAUGGAUAAUAUUCGGUUUGCUUGGUGGAAUCCUGCAACGAAACAGAUUAGGCUUAUUCCUAAGUUCGAAUUUGAGCUCAAAGAAACGUUCAAUGAUUGUUGUCGUAUGCUUGGAAUGGGUUACGACAAAACAACUCAGGACUACAAAAUUAUAUCGUUUCGGACAUUUUGGGAUGAAUGGACGACCAAUCUUCAUCCCAAGAUUUUCGCUGCUCUGUAUUCGACGAAACAUGACUCGUGGAAGUACUUGGAACCGAAUUACUCACACGAAUGUCAAAUAUCAGUGACACAAAAUUUCACUUACAAAGAUGGACUUUAUCAUUGGAUGGCCAGUAGCCAGGUGAUAUGUGACCAGGACAAUGUGUUCAGAGUUCUAACAUUUGAUUUUGCAACUGAAUUAUUCGGGGAAAUGCCGGGCCCACCUAUUCCAGGCAAUAGCUGGACGACGCUAAUGUUACGCGGUGGAUCACUUGCAACUAUGGCCAGUAAUGAAGUCGCGAAGCCUAUGAUAGCGACAUAUGAUAUAUGGCAAAGGAUUCGAGAGAAUAAUUGGAUCAAAGUGUAUACGUUGAAUCCCCCGAUACCCUGGCAUUGGCCUAAUGGGAUGUGGGAGUAUGAUAAGUACAUUUUCGAACUAACGGAAACUUACAGGUUGGUGUUUUAUGAUCAGAGCGCUAAACAAGCAACGAAUCUUGGAUUCGAUUUUUUUCAACGUUUACAAUCUGGAUGGGCUUGGCCUUUAAAUUAUAAAGAGAGCUUAUUUCCAAUUCCAUUAAGGAGUGAAAAUCCCACUGAGCAGGAUAAUAUUGAAUAUUUCUUCGGAAAGUUUUAA